UAUUCAAUCUGUUCAAUCCGUAUUAGUGCCUACUCUGCCACUGUGUUGGGCGGGAAUCUGAUUUUGUUCUUUGGUUGGAGAGCCAAGUUGACCAGAGCUUAGGCAUUUUAAGAUAACUACCUCAGCUUGAUAGGAAAGCUUGCUCUGCCCGGGGUUGAGGGGUACGGGUCUGACGGCGACAGAAUCGACAGCCUCAAGUGGGCAAAGGGUGGCCAAACAGGAGUGGCCUCCGACGUCACUGUGGCGCGCCGCUUCCGGUCUGCAGCCUUGUAGUGGGGCUGGAGCAGAGCCUGCCGCGAACCCCCGGAGCCCACGAUCCCUCGUGCCAUCCCUCGAAUCCGCCAGCACGAGCGUCCCACCCGCGCCUGGGAUCAUGGCCACUGACUCAUGGGCCCUGGCGGUGGACGAGCAGGAAGCUGCGGCAGAGUCGUUGAGCAACUUGCAUCUUAAGGAAGAGAAAAUCAAACCAGAUGCCAAUGGUGCUGUUGUCAAGACCAAUGCCAAUGCAGAGACGACAGAUGAAGAAGAGAAAGAGGACAGAGCUGCCCAGUCCUUACUCAACAAACUGAUCAGAAGCAACCUUGUUGAUAACACAAACCAAGUGGAAGUCCUGCAGCGGGAUCCAAACUCCCCUCUGUACUCGGUGAAGUCUUUUGAAGAGCUUCGGCUGAAACCACAGCUUCUCCAAGGAGUCUAUGCCAUGGGUUUCAAUCGUCCAUCCAAGAUACAAGAGAACGCAUUGCCACUGAUGCUUGCUGAGCCCCCACAGAACUUAAUUGCCCAAUCUCAGUCUGGUACUGGUAAAACAGCUGCCUUCGUGCUGGCCAUGCUUAGCCAAGUAGAACCUGCAAACAAAUACCCCCAGUGUCUAUGCCUCUCCCCAACGUAUGAGCUUGCCCUCCAAACAGGAAAAGUGAUUGAACAAAUGGGCAAAUUUUACCCUGAACUGAAGCUAGCUUAUGCUGUUCGAGGCAAUAAAUUGGAAAGAGGCCAGAAGAUCAGUGAGCAGAUUGUCAUUGGCACCCCUGGGACCGUGCUGGACUGGUGCUCCAAGCUCAAGUUCAUUGAUCCCAAGAAAAUCAAGGUGUUUGUUCUGGAUGAGGCUGACGUCAUGAUAGCCACUCAGGGCCACCAGGAUCAGAGCAUCCGCAUCCAGAGGAUGCUGCCCAGGAACUGCCAGAUGCUGCUUUUCUCCGCCACCUUUGAAGACUCUGUGUGGAAGUUUGCCCAGAAAGUGGUCCCAGACCCAAACGUUAUCAAACUGAAGCGUGAGGAAGAGACCCUGGACACCAUCAAGCAGUACUAUGUCCUGUGCAGCAGCAGAGAUGAGAAGUUCCAGGCCUUGUGUAACCUCUACGGGGCCAUCACCAUUGCUCAAGCCAUGAUCUUCUGCCAUACUCGCAAAACAGCUAGUUGGCUGGCAGCAGAGCUCUCAAAAGAAGGCCACCAGGUGGCUCUGCUGAGUGGGGAGAUGAUGGUGGAGCAGAGGGCUGCGGUGAUUGAGCGCUUCCGAGAGGGCAAAGAGAAGGUUUUGGUGACCACCAACGUGUGUGCCCGCGGCAUCGAUGUUGAACAAGUGUCUGUCGUCAUCAACUUUGAUCUUCCUGUGGACAAGGACGGGAACCCUGACAACGAGACCUACCUGCACCGGAUCGGGCGCACGGGCCGCUUUGGCAAGAGGGGCCUGGCAGUGAACAUGGUGGACAGCAAGCACAGCAUGAACAUCCUGAACAGAAUCCAGGAGCAUUUUAAUAAGAAGAUAGAAAGAUUGGACACAGAUGAUUUGGACGAGAUUGAGAAAAUAGCCAACUGAGAAGCUCCACCAGCCACUGAUGCCAGCCCUGGCACUGCCCCUGCACAGGAGACAAGUGUGUUCAGGGCACAGGCCCCAACAUCACCCCAAGGACAACAGCAUGAGUAGAGAGAAACUACCUACCUCACUUCAAAUUAUGUUUGGACUUGACAAAAAUGUGUGCAAAUGAUGGGGGAUGGUAGAAAAAAAUUAUUUACACAACCUUGGAAGAUUAGGCAUGAAUACACAGAGAUUUACCUUUUGGAA